GUUCGGAAGGCGAAGAGAAAGGUUUUUGCCGUUGGGGUUUACUGAGUGCAGUUGAGUUGAGAAGAAAGCUGACGAUGGAUCGGUUGCGUCCUCGUAACAGAGCCGUCUUUUCUGGAUUCACUAACGCCGAGAUUGAGAAAAUGGAGAAAUUGCUUAGAGAAUCAAGAAGACAAUCAUUCACACACGAUUUUUACCAAAAACUAGCUAAAAGUUUCAACUAUUCAUCUGGUCGUGCUGGUAAACCUAUCAUCAAAUGGACCGAGAUAGAAAGUUGGUUUCAGACUAGGCUCCAAGACUCUCCACAAGUCCCUGAAAAUGAGUUGUUGUCUCCUCAAGGCCUUCAAUGUAAGGAAGCCUUUGGGGUCUAUCCAGCUAUGUUGCAUUUUUUUAAUUCAAAGUAAUUUCUUAGUGUUGACUAUUGUCAAUCGCGGAUCACAGAAAAUAACAGGUUGUUCAAAUUUUGCUAUGCUACAUCGCUAUAGCACAGUUAGAGCCUUGAACUAAAUAUCAUAUCGUGGAACAGUAGUGGUGUGUUCAAAUUUCGCUAUGCUAUAGCACUAUAUUUGCUAUUUGACAACAUUGAUGCUACAAAUGAAACUUUAUAAUAUGGGUUUUAUGUUAAACUGCAUUGAAUAUGGUAUUAGAGGCAUGUUAGGUCAAAGAAAAUGACUCUGGGGGUGAGGAAGUGACUGUGCAGCAAUGGGGGAGUAUGAAAGGGAAAUAGAAUAGCACUCCAUUGACUAUUUUAUAUAAAUUUAGUUAGAUUCAAUCUUGUGUUUAUGAAUAUUUGAGUCAACUGCUAAAACUCCUUCAAGUCUUCAUUCACAUUUCUACUACAAAACACUUCAAAUUUUUAUAAAUUUAUAGAUUGACACGACGCAACUUCGUAAACAUACAAUAUAUUUUUCAUAAUCUAUGGUUCUCUAAUAAAGACUUUAAAAAACAAGAAACAAUCAUUUACAAAUAAAAGAUGUGAAAUAACUAGAACGUUUGAACACACUUUAGUAUUAUGGAGGUCACUUCAACACACUUCCACAAACAUAUUAAAUUGUUAAUUUCGAUACAUUUCUUUUAUCUCAUAUUACUGAGUACUCUUCGUAAUAAAUAAUAAUCAGCAUUGUUGUAAUUUUAAUAGUGGGAAUAUAUUUUUAAAAGAAAGUAAAAAAAACCUGAGUCCCGGACCCCGGUAUAUGGUAACUACGGUUUCAUUUUCUUGCUUAAAUUCUAUUGGCUAUUUAAUUCAAAUAAUGGAUCGUCGGAAAAAAGGCAGUGAGAAAACAACGGCGUCUAAAGCCUCAGUCGCAGAAGCAUCGCCGGCAAUCUCAGCUUCAGAGGCCUUUACAGUCAACUUGCUAUGCGGAGUUGGCCUAGCUUUAUCCUUGUGGGUGGCUAACACUGUAUACUCCAUCAACCUCGUUACCGAUCCUUCUCUCACUCUCUUCAUCAUUUCGAUUACAGAGCUCCCGAUCGUGAUUCUUCUCUACGGUUGUUAUCGACAGAAUCGCCAACGAUGCUCGUACCUACGAGCCGUUGGGAGAGGUAUUCUAGGAGUGCCAAUAGGGGCACUUCUAAAUUCUUUAGGAGCUAUUGCUUUGGGGGCGCCUGUUACCUUUCAGCACGUGGCCAAGACUCUAAAUUGGUCUCUUAUGAUGUCGUUGUUCACAAUAGUUCCAGCAUCGUGUGUUCUUGGUUCAUCGUGGGCUGACUGGAAACGUAUAUUUGCACAAACAAAGCCGAAUGGAUCUAUUGAGUAUCUGAUUUGUUUACAAGCGUAUGGAGCAGUUAUUGGGGGAUGGUUUGGGGCCUGGCCAAUGCCACUUGACUGGGAGAGGCCCUGGCAGGAAUGGCCUAUUUCUGUAAGCUAUGGAACAUUAUCUGGUUAUCUGGUGGCAUUGGUUGCAUCAUUAGGCUUUGUUCUUGCUCAUAGAAGGUUGCAACAUGUCAAAAAAGAAUGAAGUGCAACUGUCUGAUUCAGGUCAUUGGUAAGCUACUAAAGUAGCAGCCAAUUUUUAUACUUUGUGUUGAAAUCAUUAAGAAUAGGUAGGAACAAAGCAAAAAAAUAGAAAGACUCUUCACGGUAUUUUGAUAAUGUGAUGAUAUGACUUUUGCUUAUGGUAAUAUCUAGCUACUAUUAUUUCUAUUCAUUCUAAAAAGGGUCAAAUAGGGGGGAGUAUAACUAUUACAAGCAGAGUACAGAAUUUUCAAGGUAAAAGAAUCAAUGAUCUGUCAUGAUUUUAAGCGCAGCUGCAACCUACAAGAGAAAAUACUUUGUCCUACUUGAAGAUCACUUUAGCUGAAGCAUUUAGUUAGGAAAAGGUCUUAUACCAUUUUAACAAAAAAAGUUACUUGUUUAUUUGGGAUAUAUAAUGUAAUGACGAUAAUAACAGCUCUUGUAAUAUGAAUUUUGUAUUGUGCAAUUUAGACAUUUAAUGCUCGAACAUUUGUCUUUA